AUGAGCUGCAAGGAUGGGGACCUGAGGAGAAUUAUAAGGAAUCACAAAGCCAGUCUGAAGAGGAGGUUUGAGAACAUCUCUGAAGGCAUCAUCAAACCAGGAGCUGAGAUACUCCUCAAUAAGAUCUACACAGAGCUCUACAUCACAGGAGGAGAGAGUGAAGGGGUGAAUAAGGAACAUGAGGUUUGGCAGGUAGAGUCAGCGUCCAGAUCUCAAUCCACAGAAGACAUAUCAAUCAACUGCAACGACAUCUUCAAGCCCUUACUGGGACAGGAGAAGCACAUCAGAACUGUGAUGACCAAAGGUGUUGCUGGAAUCGGAAAAACUGUCUCAGUGCAAAAGUUCAUUCUUGAUUGGACAGAUGGGUUAGCCAAUCAGGAUAUAGAUUUUAUGUUUCCCCUUUCUUUCCGUGAGCUUAAUUUAGUCAGGGAUGAUCAGUAUAGUCUUCACAGGUUCCUGCUUGACUUCCACCCUGAGCUGAAGGAGCUGAAUGAUGGUGAAGGAUACAAAGACUGUCAGGUUGUGUUCAUCUUUGAUGGUUUGGAUGAGAGUCGGUUGACUCUGGACCUGGAGCAGAACAGUGAGUUGUCUGAUGUGAAAGAAACAUCAUCAGUGGAUGUUCUGAUGACGAGCCUCAUUCAGGGAACUCUGCUUCCCUCUGCACUCAUCUGGAUAACCUCAAGACCAGCUGCAGCCAGUCAGAUUCCUGAUCAGUUCAUCGACCAGGUAACAGAAGUACGAGGAUUCAAUGAUACACAGAAGGAAGAAUACUUCAGGAAGAGAAUCAGAGAUGAGAGUCAGGCCAACAAAAUCAUCUCACACAUUAAGACAUCCAGGAGUCUCCACAUUAUGUGCCACAUUCCAGUCUUUUGUUGGAUUGCAGCUACUGUACUUCAGCAGAUGCUGGAAAAGAAAAACAUCAAGGACAUUCCCAAAACGCUGACUGAGAUGUUCAUACACUUCUUGCUCAUCCAAACCACAAGAAAGGAUCAGAAGUAUCAGAGUGUAUCAGAAAAAGAUACAAAGAAACUUCUGGAAUCUCAGAGGAACAUUUUACUGAAGCUGGCAGAACUGGCUUUCAAGAAUCUAGAGAAUGGCAACCUCAUGUUUUAUGAGGAAGACCUGAGAGAGUGUGGUAUUGAUGUCAGUGAAGCUUCGGUGUACUCUGGCAUGUGCACUGAGAUCUUCAAGACAGAAACUGUGGAAUCUCAAAAGAAGAAGGUCUACUGCUUUGUGCAUCUGAGUGUCCAGGAGUUUCUGGCAGCUGUGUUUGUGUUUCACUCGUAUUUGGCUAAGAACUUUGAGGCAAUGAAAUGCUUCCUCAAUGAAAAGGACAGAGAUGAGCUCAAUCCAUCAUUUUUAUCUUCUCUUCAAUCAGCACUAGGAUUACAUGUUUUACUUAAGAGUGUCAUUGAUAAGGCUUUGGAGAGCCAGAACGGACACCUGGAUCUCUUCCUUCGCUUUCUAAUGGGUAUUUCUGUGGAGAGAAAUCACAAACUUCUGCAAGGUCUACUGAGCAACACACACAACAGUUCUCACAGUAUUAGGGAAAUAUGUCAGUACAUGAAGGAGCUCAACAGAGAUGGUCUCUCUCCUGAACGAUGCAUCAAUCUUUUCCACUGCUUAUUUGAAAUGAAUGAUGAUUCCAUGCACAAAGAAAUUCAGACAUACUUGUCAUCACCACAGAACAUCAAACAGAAGUUGUCUCCUGCCCAGUGUUCAGCACUGGCCCACAUGCUUCUGAUGUCUGAGGAGGUGCUGGAUGAGAUUGAGCUGAAGAAAUACAACACAUCAGAUGAGGGACGCAGGAGACUGCUCCCAGCUGUGAGGUGCUGCAGAAAGGCACGGUGA